AUGUUGGCUAUCCGCUCUAUUGGUAUCAGAUCAACUGCCAGAGUCGUCCCAAGACUCCUGGUUGCCAGACCCUUCACAACCGUCAAGUCUGAUGCGACGGAAAACGCUGAGGAUGCAAUCCUCAAAGCCCAGAGAUUGAACAGACCAACAUCGCCACAUCUAGAGAUUUACAAGUUUGAGUUGCCUAUGAUAAUGUCUUCGUUCCACAGAAUCACUGGUGUCGUGCUCGCUGGUACUUUCUACGGUAUCACCUGCACUUACGCUCUGAGCUCUCUUUUGGGCGUUGCAGACUAUUCCGCAGCUUUGGCUUCCACGUUUGCCGCCCUUCCUUUCGUUGCCAAGUUGGCCGCCAAGGGAAUCUUAGCCUUCCCCUUUGCCUUCCACGCCUUCAACGGUAUCAGACAUUUGAUCUGGGAUGCGGGUAAAGAGCUCACCAUCAAGGGUGUCUACCGUACUGGUUACGUGGUGACCGGUCUCUCGCUGGUGGUUGGAGCGUAUUUGACCUUCAUCUAA